AUGUUUACCAGCCGAUUUCGACCCACCGCCUCCAUCUUUUGUCACGCAAGACAAUGGACUCAACCCAAGAGACAAUUCAUGCAUGCACAAGCCUUGAUUCCCUUUGUUGUCGAGCAAACGGGACGUGGUGAAAGGUCAUAUGACAUUUUCUCAAGAUUGUUGAAAGAGCGUAUCAUUUGUUUGAAUGGUCAGGUGGAUGAUAAUGUUGCAGCAGUGAUCGUGGCACAGCUCCUUUUCCUAGAGGCCGAGAACCCCGAGAAGCCCAUUAGUCUCUACAUCAAUUCACCUGGUGGUAGUGUCACCGCUGGUAUGGCCAUUUAUGAUACAAUGCAGUAUAUUCGGUCGCCUGUAUCCACUUUGUGCAACGGUCAAGCAUGCUCGAUGGGAUCCUUAUUGCUAGCAGCAGGUGAACCGGGCAAACGUUAUGCAUUGCCGAAUUCGUCUAUCAUGAUCCACCAACCUUCAGGGGGCGCUGCUGGUCAAGCAUCCGAUAUUGCCAUCCAUGCACGUGAAAUCUUGCGUGUUCGUGAACGUCUCAAUAGGAUAUUCCAAAAGCAUACGGGCAUACGUGAUCUUGAAGCAAUUGAAAAAAUGAUGGAACGCGACUAUUUCAUGACGGCGGAGGAAGCAAUGAAUUUUGGUUUGGUGGAUAAGGUUCUUGAGAAACGAACAGAGGACACAACGAAAAAGGAUUGA